AUGAGUGCCGCCAGCACUUCCUCCCACGCGGAGGCGCCGUUGACCCCAACCGCCGUCUCCUGUCCGGCAAAGGUGCUAGUUGCCGGAGGCUACCUCGUGCUCGACCGCAACUACACUGGCCUGGUCUUUGGUCUGGAUGCAAGAAUUCAUUGUGUCGUCGAGCCCAUCAAGUCAACGUCUGGCGUUUCGAUCAGUGAGAUUGUCGUGAAGAGCCCACAAUUUCGUGAUGCUAUCUGGGAGUAUGGAUACAGAGCCAAGGAGGCAGAUGGAGGCAUUGGCGUGAAUACGUUGAGUGUUGGCCACAAUCAGCCCCUCUCCCGUAACCCGUUCAUCGAGACCGCCCUCACCUACGCUCUAACUUACAUCUGGACACUCACCGCCAACCACAUCAUAGCACCCGCUUCGGUUCGCAUCCUCGCUGACCAAGCCUACUACUCUAAUCCAGGUACUUCCGUGUCGAGUUCCCGCUUCCUCGACUUUGGCGUAUCCCUCAAGGAAGCCCACAAAACGGGCCUCGGAUCCAGCGCCGCUCUGGUGACAUCCUUCACCGCAGCAGUCCUUAGUUUCUACCUGCCAAAAGACCUCUUUGAUCUGGAGAGCGAGCGCGGGCUGACUAUCCUCCACAACCUGGCACAGGCAAGUCACUCGUAUGCCCAGGGCAAGGUCGGCUCCGGCUUCGACAUCGCCAGCGCUGUCUUUGGAUCAUGUCUGUACAAGCGAUUCUCGCCCUCUCUUCUUUCCUCGCUCCCGUCGCCCGGCCAGCCCGGCUUCGGAUCCAAACUGCGUGAACUCGUCGAGGGCGAAUGGGACACUGAAAUUGCCAAAGCAGCGAUCAAGAUGCCUGCGGGUCUGCGCCUGGUCAUGUGCGACGUCGACUGCGGCUCCGAGACGCCCGGAAUGGUCAAGCAGGUGCUCAAGUGGCGCGCCGACAAGGCGACAGAGGCUGAAGGUAUCUGGCAGAGACUGCAGGGCGGUAACGAGGCACUAGCUGCGGAGCUCACGCGGCUUGCCGAGGAGAAGGAUGAGAGCGAGGGCCGGUACGCCAAACUCGCCGUCAUGAUCGAGGAGAACAGAGCCUGUAUCCGCGACAUGGGCGUCAAAUCCGGCGUGCCCAUCGAGCCGCCGCAGCAAACCGCGCUGCUGGACUACUGCACCCGCCUACCCGGUGUCGUUGGUGGUGUAGUCCCCGGCGCUGGCGGAUUCGAUGCCAUCGUGCUGCUGGUCGAGGACAAAGAAGACGUCCUGGACGCCCUGAAGCAGAAGCUGAGUCAGUUCAAGGCAGACAACGUACAAGCUGAGGGCCCGAAGAUUGGCCGGGUCGGGACUGUGGAUGUUAGAGAGGAGAUGGUCGGUGUCAAGAGGGAGGAUCUGGUGCUGUAUAAGGUGUGGUCGACUUGA